AUGCUUAGCUCUAUCCUGUCCAUUCUGGCUGUGGUUGUUUCUGCAGCAGCUUCGUCCUCGGACUGUAGCUGCUUGGCAAGAGCAGUCUCUGCCCUUGGUACUGAGCCACUUGCUUCUGCCUUCUGCUCUCAGCAAGUUCCCAUCUCUACCGUGUUGGUAUCCACGACCGUUACUGCACCAGCAGCAACGACUACUAGCACCAAGACUGUGCCAGCGCCUUUUACCCUCACCACAACUUUGGUUGACAUCAGCAGUAGAGUAUCUACGAAGACCGUCACACAGACGUCUCCCGCCGUGCAAUGUUACGCUGGAACUACCUUUGGCAGUCAGCCUACACCAACACCUCUGGCGCCCGGUUUAGAGAAGAGACAACUCCCAACCAUCUCUCUUCCGACCAUCUCUAUCCCUACAAUCCCUGUACCGACUUUACCAAUCCCCACACCCGCCUGGGUUCCGCCACUGGAGGCAUCUUUGCUGUCCUCGGCCUGUGAGUGCUUUUUGGGACCUUCUCGUACUGUCACCCACACCACAACCAAAUGGGUAGCCUCCGGCACGUACACGGCCACUGUGGAGGUAACGACAGUUCCGACAACUACAACCCAUGUCACCUUGGUGAUAGUUUCGACUGAUGUGGCUGUCACUGCUGUCUCCACUGCGACGUCGACUGUCACAACCACAACCACAUCAUAUACCCCCGUCCCGACGAACACUCAGCUCGGCUUGAACUGGUACUAUUACUAUAGUUCCCAGAACUACUUCCCCGGCCACGCAAUUACCUUCGAUCCUCAAUCAUUCAACAGCCCUAAGUAUAACUUUAGCGGCUAUGUCCAAAACGUUGGUAGCUUCGGAACUGUGAACUACCCGAGCACAGACCACACAUGCAGCCCACCAGUCAACGCACCAUGUACGUGGGUUUGCAUCGUCAUCCAAGGCUACCUUUGGGCAAAGGAGGGGCCUGGCAACUACACCCUAUCCUCAGGGGCCAACACCGACAAUGCCUUCUAUGCCUGGCACGGGACAAAGGCGUACAACGACUACCAGAAAAACAACUAUGACUACCUUGCGGGCAACUAUAUCAAACAGGCUGGCUCGGUUACUGUCCAAGUAGGAGUUGGAGAGCUUGUUCCCUUUACUUUUAUGUGGGUCAAUGGUGGCGGUCCUGGUCAGGCGUACCUGACCAUAACUGACCCUGCUGGUAAGGCCCAUGCGGACACAACGGGCUUCUUUGUUCCAGCAAAUAGCACUUGCCCUGGCUACAUCGAUCCAUUCUCUCCUUAG